UGGCGUUCACCUUCCUCCCCGUCCCUCCCUCUGUGUUACCCCUCUCAUAGACAGGCACGACGAACGGGGCCAAUCUCACUCCCAAUUGGCAUCGUCCGUGCACCGUUCUUCAACAGCACCGACACACAAAAAAGCCGCGGAUGUUUCCAACUACACCCGGCGCAUCUCUGUCUUCUUGCCAUCUCUCUGUGUUGUUCCUUUCUCGAAGAACAGACCGCCGACGGGGCCACACCGGCAGCCAGAACUUUCCGGCUGCCUCCACAACACUCAUGCAUACGACGACCCCUCCAGUGGACAAUCGGCACGCCCUCACUAUCUCCAUUCCUCUCUCAUUCCUAUCUACACAGCACGACCCGCAGCUCCCGUCCCCAUCAUCAAUUCACUCCAGCACUCAAAACAGCGCCAACGCAUCACAUCAUCCAUCCCCCGUCAUUCAGGCCUCUGUCCGCCUGUAUCUGUCCACCUGAGCCUCCUCCCCAAGAUCUACGUAGUCGCCCUUGAUGCGGUCCGCCCGGAACUCGCCCCACCUGAAGGGCCGGUACCGCGGCUGCUGGCCAGCGGGGAGCGGGGCGAUGAUGGCGUCGUAUUGGGGGGAGAAGAAGAAGGGGAUGGAGUAGCGCUCGCGAGAGGGAUUGGCCUGCACGCGGUGGAGGGCGGCGGGAUACCUGUCGUUGGACCAGAUCUGCAUCACGUCGCCCACAUUGACCUGGGAAGCAAACCACACACACAUGGGGGUGGAGAGGUCACGAUCGAUCUGCCUCUUCCGCCAUAUCUGCCUACCGUGAGCGCGUCUUUGACGGGCUGCACGUCCACCCACUGCUGCUUGUCUCGCAGCCACACCUGCAGGGGCCAUUAACACGUCACACAGACAGACAAUCACUUUCGUCCGUUGUGUUGAUGGAAGCACAUCCAGUACAGACAACGGCCACGCACCUGCAAGCCGGGGACCUCCUGCAGCAGCAGCGUGAUGGCACAGCCGUCCGUGUGGUGCGAUACGCCCAGGUACUCAUCGCAAUCUGGGCAGGGAGGGAAGUAGUUGAGACGCAGGAGGGAUGAGUGCUUGGCAAAAAGGGGGGCGAGGGAUGAGGGGUCGGCGACGCCCAUGUGGGUGGCGAGCGCCUCAAUAAGCUUGCUGGCGAUGCGCUCCAUCUGCAGGUAGGUAUUACGUGUAACACGCACGCAGUGCGUCUACAUGUGCUGCUCGGGGGGAUGUCACUCACCUGUCCGUAGUAGGCCUUGAGCAGGUCGUUGAACCUCUCGCUCUCCGUGAACUGAUUGUACCCAUCCAACGUGCUGCCUGGAGAAGCCAAACACACACAACGCUGCUCUCUCUCUCUCUGUCUCUGUGUGUGUGUGUGUGUGUGUGUGUGUGUGCGUGUGUGUGCGCAUUCGUGUGUGUGUGUGUGUGUGUUCACCUUCCCAUCGUCCGUUGCUUUUGCCGAGGUCGAGCCCCUCUUUCCAGUCCAUCUUCUGCUUGGUCAGCUCAUCGUCGAACCAGCCGCGCGACGUCUCACUGUUUCGCUUGAUCCUCAUCUGCACACACGCACACACAGACAACGUGUGGAGCUGCGGACCCACCAUGCGACGGAUGCGUCCUCCCUCACUCCCUCCGUCACUCACCUUGAUGUGUUUCGGCUGUGCAAAAAAGGCCACCAUCUCCUCUUUCAGGGCCGCCAUGAGCUCACGGUCGAUGGGAUGGUUGACCAUGUUGAAGAAACCAAACCGCUCACACGCCCUGAAUGAAUGAACAUCAGACAGAGGAACGAACGCAUCAAUCACACCAAGAAACAAACACGCAAAACAGGACAACUGCAUCUGUAUGUAUGGUCGUCUGCGCUGCGUGCAUCUGGCUGGGCUGACCUGCCGAUGGCAUCGACGCAUUCUCUUCUCUCCUCGGCUGCCGCAUCUUCAUUGAACAGAGGGGCCACAUCAAUGGUCGGAACUUGGUCAUCAGGCGAGAGGGUUGCCGACAGCGGUGCUGCAGGUGACAGCUGGCCUGCCCCGCCACGACGGAAAAAGAAGCCACCACCGCGUCUGUAACUUGAUGCUGCACUGACGAGAGAGAUCAGAGCAGCGAAGAUGGACGUCGUCAGUGGUGGGUAAAAAGGGAAGAUCCGCUUCAUCCGUGGCACUGGCAGUGGAAUCCUAUCCCGAUCGUCGUGUUUUCU